AUGGGAUUUGAAGAGAAAUGGGUGGACUUAAUCAAGGCUUGUGUGGAAACAGUGAGUUAUUCAUUGAUGAUAAACAGAACUCCUCAGCAACCUUUUCACCCUUCUAGAGGAUUAAGACAAGGGGAUCCUCUCUCCCCUUAUCUUUUUAUCCUUUGCUCAGAAAUACUUGGCAGGAUACUGAACAAAGCUGAGGAGAAGGGUUAUAUUUCUGUAUAUUUCAGCAGGAACACAAGAAUUGAAGCCAAGGAUGCUAUCUUGUCAGGUGUUAGGCUGAGUGAAGCUAGAUCCUACGAGAAAUACCUUGGCCUCCCCUCAUAUGUUGGAAGACAGAAAGUGGCAGCCUUCAGACCAAUCUUGGAGUCCAUAAGAAAUAGGAUGAGCAAUUGGAAGUGGGGCAGUAGGGAAGAGAAGACAAAAACUCAAUGGAUUCCUUGGAAACAAAUGGGUAAAUCUAAAAGGGAGGGAGGAUUAGGCUACAGGGACUUUGAAGACUUUAAUUUGGCCCUUCUUGCAAAGCAAGGGUGGAGGAUCAUUCAAAAUCCGUCUUCCCUAGCAGCAAGAGUUCUUAAAGCAAAGUAUUUCUUCAAAUCUGAUUUUUUAAAGGCCAAAGUUGGAAGCAAUGUUUCCUUCCUGUGGAGAAGCUUUUUGGAAGCAAGACCAAUCCUACAAGAGGAACUAUUUUGGAGGAUCGGUAAUGGGGAUUCUGUUAACAUAUGGACAGACAAAUGGCUUCCUAGACCAUCUUCUUUCAAGGUGCAAUCUCUCCUUAAAGCAGAAUUUGCUGCCAGUAAGGUGUCUGCACUAAUUGAUUCAAGCUCGGGGGCAUGGAAAAUGGAUACUCUAAGAGAGGUAUUCAGGCAUGAGGAAGUGGAAGUAGUGUGUAGAAUACCAAAGUUGAAAGUGAGGGAAUUGCCUUUCAAAGAGUUGUGUAAAGAUAUUUUUGAUGUUCUGGAUGAUCACAGUACUGUUGUAUUUGCUGAAACAGUUUAUAUGAUCUGGAGGAGGAGGAACAACUUUGUGUUUGAAAAUAGGUUUAUGGACCCGAAUGAGCUAGUGAAGACUACAAAUCAAAAAGCUGACUGGGAUGCCUCAGUGGAUAGGAUCAAGAGCAGAAUUGGUAUUGGGGUGAUUAUUAGAGAUUGGAAUGGAGUGGUGGUAGCUACUCUCAAACAUCAAAGGGAGUCUUUUCCAAACUCGGUUGUAGCAAAGACUUUAGGGGCUCUAAAAGCAGUUUCUUUGUGCCAACAAUUACUUCUAGAUAGAGUCAUCCUAGAGGGGGAUGCUAAAGUAGUGGUAGAUGAUAUAAACUGUGAUGUAGUCAAGUGGAACUCGGGUGGGAUGAUCAUCCAAGACAUCAAGCAUAAGCUCAGCUCGAUGGGGGAGUGGUCUGUACAGUUUAUACCAAGGAACAUUAAUACAAUAGCUCAUAUACUAGCUAAGGAUGCACUCAAACUCUCUUAG